AUGGCUACCAAAGUCAACUUCAAAACCACGUUCGAGGCGGCCAAGACUAUCGAGCCCAUCUACACGGGUGGUGAUGUUUCUCACACCUCGAACGGCGCACUCCUGGCGACAUGUGUCGAUGACGGCGUCCUGGUCGUUGAGGUGAAGACAAGUAGGGUGCUAUGCCGUAUAGAAGGAGAUGGUGAAGCCGUGACCAGUGUGUGUCUGGCUCCUAAUGCCUCACAUCUGGUUGUUUGUUCCCGAUCGCUUUCACUUCGGAUCUACGCCCUCAAUCCUUUCGAAGAAUCUAAUACUCUAUCCUCCAGCCUCUCACGGACGCUCAAGCCCCAUGACACUCCGGUUGUCUGCUCCGCAGUCGACGACACUGGGUCGUUGCUCGGAACGGGAGGGGCGGAUGGGACUGUCAAAGUAUGGGAUAUCAGGGGUGGUUACGCAACGCACACAUUCCAUGGCCAUGGAGGUGUGGUCUCGGCGCUGAGAUUCUUCCUAUCAAAUUCUGCCGAGCACUCCAGCCUGGAGACUUCGAAAUCGAAUAAGAAACGAAAGAGUCACGACAUGACUCAAACGGAUGUCAAUCACGGCUCUUCAACACAAUCCCAUUACCUUGCAUCGGGCGGCGAAGAUGGCACGAUUCGCAUAUGGAACUUGGCAACGCGGAAAUCAGUUGCCACGCUCGACUCGCAUGUCAGCGUGGUUCGAAGUCUGGAUUACGCCGAAGAUCGACAUCUUUUGCUGUCAGCCAGCCGUGAUCGGACGAUAAUACUUUGGCACACGAAGACGUGGAAGCAGCAAAGAGUCAUCCCAGUACUUGAAGUCGUGGAAGCUGCGGGGUUCCUCUCUGCUGGUAGAUUUUGCUUUGCGGGAGGCGAGAAUGGUGCUGUGAGAUUAUGGGACACGGCGACGGGUCGCGAGAUUACCACAAAACAGACUCCAGGUUUGGAGAAUGAUGCCAUCACUGCAAUUGUCCAGGUCAUCGAAGACGAUGCUCUUCUAUCCAUACAUCAAGAUCAGACGAUGCGAUUACGGAGCCUAUCUAGUCUCCGCACUAUCCAGGCGACGGACACAGUGGAGGUACUGCCACUGAUCCGAACGAUCUCGGGAAAUCUGGAUGAGAUCAUUGAUAUGACAUGCGUCGGGCCUGACCGGACGCUGCUAGCCCUCGCGACCAAUACGGAGAGCGUUAAGUUGAUAUCCAUUGCAGACAAGGGCGACGAAUCCUUUGGGAGUGACAUUGCUCUGCUCGAAGGCCACCAAGACAUUAUAAUCUGCUUGGACGUCGAUUGGUCGGGAUACUGGUUGGCCACGGGUGCGAAGGAUAACACUGCGAGACUGUGGAGGUUGGAUCCGUCUUCAUCAUCAUACACAUGCUUUGCUACCUUUGCAGGACACGCUGAAUCUCUUGGAGCCAUUGCUUUACCAAGAAGUCCACCGGUCGACGGAGUCGCUGCGAAGGAUCCGGCCAGCCAUCCACCGGCCUUCCUGCUCACAGGCUCGCAGGACAAAACCAUCAAGCGCUGGGCCACCGCGAGACUGACGUAUCCUCCACCGUCACCAGAGCCACAAUCUGUCGCCAAAGCGUUGUUCACGAGGGUUGCACACGAGAAGGACAUCAACGCGAUCGACGUUUCUCCCAUUGAUCCGCUAUUUGCUUCUGCUUCCCAGGAUCGCACGAUCAAGAUCUGGUCUUUGGAAGACGGUUCCGUGACUGGCAUUCUCCGUGGCCAUAAACGAGGCGUGUGGUCCUUGCGAUUCUCUCCUGCAGGUACUCCUCCUCUGGCUUUGCCGGGCGGAGGAUCGAGCGGCUCACGUGGACUGCUCGUCAGUGGCUCGAGCGAUCGAACAGUCAAAGUCUGGUCGCUCUCGACCUAUACCUGUCUUCAAACUUUCGAGGGCCACAGCAAUUCGGUGCUGAAAGUGAUCUGGAUUCCGCCGGCGACGCCAACCCACGAUUCCGAGUCGUUCUCAGACUCUCGCCAUCCUCAAUCGAGUCAACCCGUCAUUGCGUCCGCAUCCUCGGAUACCCUCGUCAAGCUCUGGUCUCCUUAUUCAGCUGCCGAUUCAGACCAUCUCCUGACCACCCUCGACAAUCAUAUCGACCGAGUUUGGGCUUUGACCACGCCAAACUCUUGCUACGCCGGGUCUAAGGAUCGCCCACCAACAUAUCCAUACCCCCUGAUAUCCGGCGCCGCAGACGCGACACUGACAUUCUGGCGCGACACGACCGUCCAGACGGCCACCUUGGCCUCGAAGCGUGCGACCGAACGCAUCGAGCAGGACCAACAACUCCAGAACCACAUUUUCUCCAAGAACUACCGCGAGGCCAUCACGUUGUCGUUGGCGCUGAAUCAUCCAGGCCGUCUGCUCCGUGUGUUUCAGGAUGUGGUCAACCUUCCCGAGGCCGAGAAAGAAAGCUCCAGCAUCAUGGGCCUGAAGGCCGUCGACGACGUUCUCGCGGCGCUCGAUCGCCAGCAAAUAUUUACCUUGCUCGAACGUGUGCGUGACUGGAACACGAAUGCACGGACUGCGACAGUUGCUCAGAGGGUACUGAACUGCCUGUUGAAGGUCUAUUCGGCGGGCACGUUCGUGGAGAUGGCCAAAGACCGAAAACUCAGCUCGAAUGGAAAAGGAAUGAAGGAAUUGCUCCGCGCGUUGGAGGUAUAUACAGACCGUCAUUACAAACGGAUGGAGGAACUUGUCGAUGAGAGCUACUUGGUCGACUACACGUUGAGAGAAAUGGACGAGGUUGCGGGCGUUGCCGCAGGGAUUGAUCGGUUGUUGGCUAUUGAAAAUGGGAAAGCCAGCAGCGAGGAUAUCAUAAUGGUGUAG